AUGAAGCGACCAAUGGUCUACGCAAUUCGAGAUUUCCCAGCUGGUUGUGGAACUAAUGUUCCUGAGAAGGGAUUCAAGAAUCCAAGAACAAGUGAUGUUGCUUUCAAGAAUCGGAGUGUAAACGUUGUUGCAUCUCCAAAACGGAUUGGAGCUUCUCUCAAGGAAGAAAAAGAAGAGUUCAAGAAACCCAAACAUGAUCAUGUCCCUAAACCUGAACUAGCAACUUGUUCCAAAGAAGAACCAGAGUUUAAAAUCUCUGAUCCAACUCCUCGGGAGAAAGUUCUCGACGUGCUGCGUGUUUUCAAGCAAGUUUACAGACAGUUGGAUGAAGACAAACAAGCAAGGCGCGGUGGAGAUUCGUUUGAUGCUACAGCGAGAAUAGACCUCAAAACACAAGCUGUCUUAGAGAAAAUGGGGAAACGAGUGAACACGUAUAAGAAGAUCGGACAUGUUCCUGGAAUCCAAGUGGGUGAUGAGUUUCAAUACAAAACUGAACUUCGUCUUGUCGGGCUUCAUUCCAAGACCAUGGGCGGGAUCGAUUAUAUGAAAAUCGGAGGCGUGAACUUCGCGACAAGCAUCGUUGCCUCGGAAGGAUAUGAUUAUGAUGAUAAGUUUGAUGCUGAUGUUGUGACUUACACAGGUGAAGGAGGUAACGUAAUCUGCAAGGGAAAGAAAUCUGAAGAUCAGAAAAUGGUCAAAGGGAAUUUAGCUUUGGCUAAUAGUAUGAGGCAUAAGAGUGAAGUCAGAGUGAUACGUGGCCAAGAGAGAUUGGAUAAAAGGGGGAGGCGUUAUGUCUAUGAUGGAUUGUAUUUAGUUGAUAUAUAUUGGUUAGAGAAAGGAGAUAGUGGUAAGAGUCUGUACAAGUUUAAGCUUUCUAGGAUCCCUGGUCAACCUCCGUUGACUUGA